AUGGAUUUUGGACCGAAAGGACACGCGACUCGCCCUGCAGACUGUGUCAUGCACUGCAACUACAAAGCCAGGAUAAUCUUCACAAACGUCAAUCUUCAGGCCCUUCUUGAAGCUGCAGGGCUCAUUAUCAACCAAGUAAUUGCUUUGCAGGAAACAAAGUUCAGGAAGACGGACGUGAGACAGCUGAGUGAUGGCACACUCAUCAUUGUGAUUUGUGUACAACUAUCUGUCGUCCAUCUUGUCAACUUUCAUGAGCUCGUUCCCACCUCACCUGGCUAUCCUUCGACUCAGUCCUCUGCAUCAGAAAACUAUUACUAUCUUCAACUGCUACUCUCCAACGCCACAGCUGAUAACUCGGAAUUUGAUGCUUUUUAUGAGCGUCUUGUUAGGUUCUUAUCCGCCACACAGCUUUUCAUGGUAACUCCCAUGAAGAAAGAACAUCUACGGUGGACAGAGUUACUCAAAGGGUUCUUAUCCGCCACACAGCUUUUCAUGGUAACUCCCAUGAAGAAAGAACAUCGACGGUGGACAGAGUUACUCAAAGGAGAGGAGGAGGGCACUGAGGCUGGAUCCGACUGCAUCACAUCUCGAGCGACUGGUGGCCAUUACCAGUUGCAGAAAGCUUUGCAAGAAGAUCUUUGA